AUGUCAUCCUCACCAGCAUUUAAUGAAAGCUUCGAAUACAGAUUGCGUAAGGGACUAAAUCGAUUGCGGCGUAAGUCUAGAGACUCUUCGAAGGAUGCCCAUAUCAAUUCAACGCCGAAAAUCCCGACAAAUUCGAACACACUUGCGACUAAUACAUAUUCAAGCUUGGAACGUCUAACGCUGCAAGCAAGUUCCAAUUCCCUAAGCCAAGCGCAUGAUCUCUCAAAGGAACUACCAACAGCCAGAGACGAUAUAGUUCACACACAAAUUGAUCAUUGCACCGCCCUUCCGAGAAUUCAUCUAAGCGGCAUUGAAGAUGACUCCUCUUCCAAUCACUUGACGCCUGGCGCUGAAAUUGACUUAGCCAUUGUUUCUUUAGACGUUUGGAGCGCCGCAUACCGUGAAGCAGUAAAUAGUCUUGGAAAAGACAUAAAUCUUACUAUUCUUAGGAGCGAGAAUCUUGCGGAGCUAUUUAAACAACUCGAAACUAUUGAUAAAGAGGUGACUCAACAGUCCGUCUUCUUGAGAGGGGUAGAAUAUCUGCAUUCUCUUCAGGUACCACUAGACAGGUUCAAGCUGGCAUUAGACCUGGCCAGCCCAUUGACGAGUAUUGAACCCACUACGUCGAUGGUCUUUGGUAUUAUCAAAGGCGUGACAGCGGCACUCGUACUGGUAUAUCAGAAACUUCUAGAAUUCUACAUUACCGCAUUCGAGAUACUAACCAGGAAAGGAGCAAAGUUGGUUAUGAGUCUAGUUCUAAAGGACAGCCAUCUGCCAGAUAUUGUCAAAGAUUUUUUGGACCAUGCUGACAACCUCCGAAAACUUGUGCAAAAAGCGACGUGGGAGAUUGUUGAGGAUAUCAAAACUAUGCUUUAUGAUUAUGAAAUUGCAGGGUGGCUAGGUAGUGAGAAGAUGAGUAGACAAAACCAAUACCAUGUCUCUUUGCAGGAAAUUCGAGUUGACGAGGCUUGUGAAUUCUUGCUGGAAGAUACAAAAUUUAUUGACUGGUACCAUGCCACCGAUUCCCAACAAUUAGUGAUCCUUGGCGAUAUGGGCUGCGGAAAAUCUGUUGCUAUGGCAUAUCUUAUAGAUGAGCUACGCCGACAAAAUGAGCACCAAUUGCCUCAACCUAAGAUAUGCUACCAUUACUGUCGGGAUGAUGAGACUGGUCAAGCUAUUUGUAUCUUCUCAGUUUUGAUUUUGUCCCUUCUUGGACAAUUAUCUGGCUUGAAGAGAUCAUUUUUCGACUGGUAUAAGCAAGGCACGGCUUCCGGAAUCGAGCUAGCGACAAAUUCCAAACAACUAAUUGAAUGGUUGCUAAAAGCCUUAGAAACACUCGAUCGCCCACUCUUCCUUGUGAUUGAUGGUCUAGAUGAGUGCGAUCGAGCUUCCCGGAGAAUUCUUCUCAAGUCGUUGAGAGAUCUGUCCCAAAAAACUCCGAGACUAAAAGUUCUACUCUCUUCACGACCCGAAGAGGAGAUCCUGCAGCUAUUAAGUGGUACAGCCAAGAUCAAUUUUAAUUUUGAUAUUGAGCGAGAUAGAAUCAUUGUUGAAGAGACAGUUGAGAGGCAGUUGUCUUACUUGUCGAAGCCUGUUAAAGCAUUCAUAUCGCAGUCAUUAUCUCGCUUGGCGCAAGGAAGUGCUAUUUGGACAAAGAUGACAAUUGAGCUCAUAGAAAUCCGCGGAAUCCGGGCCCUUGGUCCAAUGCGAGCUUUCUUAAAAGAAAUACCACAACCUAAACAGCUUUCAAAGCUUUACGCUAAUCUGCUUUCACGAUACACUUUCAAAGAUCCAGAAAAUCAAAAGCUUGCCAUUGUAGCGUUGGAAAUCCUUGCCAUCACCCGAAGACCUUUGAGUAUACUGGAACUUGCUUGGGCGGUCCUCGUGGGUACGUAUGAUGAGAAAGAUAUUAGUAUGGAUGUUCUUUCCGAACUCGUAGAUCACCAGAGAGUCAUCGGCCUAAUUCAGCCAUUCGUUGCUCAAAUUGAUUUCAGCGAUGUCAGAAAGCAUCAAGUUAGACUUGUACACCAGUCGGUAAAAGAGUUCAUUUUCAAGGAAUUGGCCCCAGAUUCGCCUGGUCCAGGAAAUUUGGCUAUCUCUACUCAAGGAGGAAUAGACCAAGUGUUUAUCCAGCAACGCACUGAGAGCCUAGAGGCAGGAAUUGUGAAUAUAUGCAUCAAGUAUCUUCUCUUGGAACAUGUUGGCAAUGCUGAUCUAUUCUCUGAAGAGCAAGUGGCAAUCGAAGAACUGCCUCAAGAUUUCAAUCUACUACUUGAUGAUAAUGAUGAGUCGAAGGACUACGAUCCCUAUUGUACAUGGGAAACCUGGGAGGAACACAUGAUACAUUACCUUCCGACUGAACGUGGCUUUGGUGAGCUAUUCGUCUACGCCUCUUGUCAUUGGAUUGAGCAUUUCAGCGCUGUUUCAACUAAAUCUCUAUUACCAAGUCUCGAAAGCAUAGAAAAUCUAUGCCAAGCUGGUUCAACCCGUCUACGUAAUUGGAUUACACAAAACUGUCGUCCGAAAUGUACAAUCAAGCCCAGGUUCGUAUUCGACAGUAGUCUUUAUGAUCCCCUCAGUAUCACUUCGCUCUACGGCUCAGAAGAUAUGUUUCGGAUUAUGCUUGAGAGCUCAGACUUCAAAAAAUCCAAAUUCCUCCCCAAUCCAGCUAUGGGUGCUGCGGAGCAAAUUCUUCAAUGGGGUGAUUUGUCCAGACUCAGGCUAUUAAUGAGAAGUAAGAUUGGAUAUCAGAUUCGGAACCUUGACUUUUUUCUGCUUGUCAUGAAACAGUGGUCUAGUAGGAUGGCGCAUAAUAAAUCUCGCAAAGGCUGGGACGUACUAUUCGAUCUUAUUGACGAUGUUUCAGAUAUAAUGGUCGAAGAACGAUGGGGCAAUGAACUCUUCCGAAUGGCUGUCAGUAUAGGCUGUAUGCCUAUGAUCCGGAGGCUACUAGAUGAAAGUUAUCGAACGGUAGAACUGAGAUCCGAAUUGUUUGAUAGGCGCGAAGCCCAACAUCAAUUGAUUGCAGAAGCCGUUGUAGGAAAUCACGUGGACGUUUUGGAAUACUUAUUAACGCAACACGAUAUCGAGGCACACCUUCAAUACCAGAACUCACAUGGUGAGAAUGUGCUGCAUCUAGCAUCUCGUUUAUGUAAUCCUGCUAUAUUCCGAAGUUUGGUACCUCGUUGUAAGGACAUUGUGUGCCAGACGGACGAUCAGAACAAUACAGUCUUAAUGCGAAUCAUUAUGAGCCCCUCAGCUACACAGAACCGAAGCGAGUCAGCACGAAUACUGCUAUCAGAAAGUGGAGUCUAUGCGACAGGCAUUUUUCGGGACGAGCAGCAAGAAUAUCUAAGGGAAGCGAUGCGACUUGGCGAUGUAGAUAUGUAUCACACCUUGAUUCGAGUAGGCAAAAUGAACCCUCUUCCAGCGGCGAUACACGGUGACGAUGAUCAAAUAACAUUGAAAGAUAAGAAUUCUGAAAACAAAUAA